AGUCACCGAGGAGGGGGGGAUUCUUCUCAGCGAUUCACCACAACAACUCAAACCGAAGAAAGGAACUCAUAUCAAACUGUAGACGUGGAAGGACGCUUUUAUUUUUCACCUGUGGUUUAAAGUUUUGCUCACUAAAGGACCGGAAGUGAACAUCUUAAAUGACAACUGAAGUUAUCCGUGCUUUUUUGAUACCUAGGGCAAAGUGCCACACCUUCGCGUAACGCAACAGCUCCACGACACAGCGAGCCAAAUGGGGUGCCAAUGCUGCAGGAUGAUAAAAAGCUACAUCUACGACCCCUCGGUGGCGGGGGACGGGAGGAAAGCGGACUCCACAAACAGUUCGCUCUACCAACCCCACCGCCUCUCAGGUGGAGGCCCUGGUAGCGACCACACCAAACAGAAGCAGGGAAUCAACAACCUGGGCUACAGCAAGUCCAACGACAGCACACUGAAACUAGAGGCCGACAACAACCACGUCAACCACCAUCUGCACGCCGCACCUUCAUCCGCGAGGGACAGGCAGGGGAGCGCUCCACCUACAGAGGUUUACAUCAUCCAACCUGAAUCGAGAUGGAUUGUACAGGACCGAGGGCCGAGCCAGGUUCCUGUUUACCCAAACUUAGAGGAGUAUGGGAAUCAGAGGGGCUAUGGUGAACGAGGACACCAUACAACAAAGAACGGGUGGGACAGCUCCAUCAUGAUUGACAGCGAAAUCCCAUCGGCGGACGAGGUAGACGAGGGUGUGGGAGGGACACCAGAGUACCCCUGUGACACGGGGGACGAGGGGAGCAUUCUAUCGGUGGACAUUCACACCAGCACCACCAGCCUGUCCUCAGCGGACACCAGGGACGAGCGCAGACUGCCAAAGACUCCGGACGUCUCCACUGUGGAGAGCGGCAUCUCUGUGAUGAAGAGCGAGGACGAAGAAGAGGGGAGGAUGGAAGGGGAGGAGGAAUGUGUGGACAGCAUCACAGACUCGAUGGUGGCAGAGGCUCUCGCUGCUUUGGAGGCUGCGACUGCCGGGGAGGAGUUUGAGUGACCGACAGACCUGAACGCUACUUCACUGAGUGGUCAAGACCUUUAAGAACUUUUCCAUGCUUUUGGAUAAAAACCUCAUGUUUUUAUCAAGAAGUGUGUAACUAAUGAAGGAAACUGUUUACAGAACUAAAGGAACAGAUUUAUUCUGAAUAUUUUCUUAUUCUGUUCAAACUGACAGAAGAUAAACUCUGCCACUUGAAGGAGGCAACUUUUUCAAAGCUUCAAGUUUUGAAAAAAGCCGCUGAUGAAGAGACACGAUUGUGUAGACUGUGAAAAUCGCCAGCAGCCAUAUUAGCCUGUUCAAACUGGUGUAUUUAACACUCCACAGUCCUCAAAGGCCUUUAUAAUGCUCGCCAUGGCCGUACUGCCGUUAAACAGGUGUUAAUCCAAAAUUACUAAGUUGCUUUUACUAUUUUUCGGUCUCAUAAAGCUAUGCUAAUUGCUAGCAUAGUCACCAUAGCUUGCAACCCUUCCCUUGUUUCACUUAAAAGAAAGGUCAAAGCUUGUAUGCCUUUUCUUUUUCUGUCUUCUUGUCUUUUUAUUUAUAUUUUGUUUCCUUGCAUAAUGUUUGAUUUAUUAUGAGAGGGAAGUGGACUUUGCUGAGGUCUUGCAGCAGAGUUCAGCAAGGAAGGAUUCCGUAUUUUUAGCUGAUUGUGUCAGGUUUUUGGAAUCAAACAGAAUAAAAAUGGUAUCUACAUUUUAAAAAUGUUUACCCCUUUUUGUUGUCAGUUAAUUACUUAAAUUAAGGCACACAAUGACAAUGAGACUAUUUGUCAUACUAAAGGUAUAUCAGAGGACCUAUGCGCAUGUGAAUUCUUGAGCAGAUUACCAAAGGAUAAGAUAGAAAGUACAUGAGCAAUGUCACUGAUAAUGAGCUAGUUUUUCAAUCUGAGCUAAACUUUGUGCUGCAGAGUGCAGCAAAGGUCACAUCUUUCAGACUAAAGUACACAAAGGCCAUCAACACAGUAAUACAUCAUGUUUUUUUUUGUUCUAUAGGUCAGGUUCUGUGUUACUGUUGUUGCCUGUGACAUUAGUUCAACCUGCAGCUGCUUAUGUGCCUUAUAAUGAACUAAUUGAGGCUAGAUGUCACGGAGGAUACUUUUUCAAGAGUGUUUUAAUGCUUAUAAGCUAUCUGUUUUGCUACAUGAAGGUUAACUGCUUCCCUUCUUUCACUCAUUG